AUGGUUAAAGAACUUGAAAUAUCAAACAAUGAAAGACAAUUUAUACUAAAAGCUAUAAUAGAAGGUUAUCGAAUUGACAAUCGAAGGAAAUCUGACUUUAGAAAAUUAAACAUAUCAUUUGGUCAAGAAUUUGGUAAAAGUGAGGUCACAUUAGGAUCAACUAGAGUACUGGCAAAAGUCUCAUGUCAAGUAACACGACCAUACCAGGAUCGACCUAGUGAAGGUAUAUUGAUUUUAAAUAGUGAAUUAUCACAAAUGGCUUUUCCUAAUUUUGAAAUUGGAAGACCUGAGGAAGUUCUUGUGAAUCGUAUAUUGGAAAAGGCUAUAAAAAGAAGUAGAGCUAUUGAUACUGAAGGGUUGUGUAUUUUAGCUGGAGAGAAAGCAAUUGAUAUACAUUUUAUUGAUAAUGAUGGAAAUAUAAUUGAUGCAGCAUGUAUUGCUGCAAUAUCAGCACUUUCACACUUUCGAAGACCUGAUGUUACUGUUAUUGGACAAGAUGUUACAAUAAAAAGGAAUCCUGUUCCAUUAAGUGUGCAUCACAUGCCAAUAUGUGUGACAUUUGCUUUUUUUGAAAAUGGUGAACAUUUUGUGGUAGAUCCUACACUUCAAGAAGAACAAACCAAAUCAGGUGAUAUGACUAUUACAUUAAAUGAUCAUAAAGAAAUCUUUGCACUGUCAAAAGCAGGUGGCGUAGCAUUGGAAAUAGAAACAAUUAAAUAUUGCACAAAGAUUGCAACUACAAAAGUAAAUUGGCUUGCAGAACAAAUUAAAUUAGCAUUGGAAAAAGACAAUGAAAAAAGGUAA